UUCGUCAAAACAAUCAUAAGGGGGCGCUACGUUCAAACGCAGGGCCACAUCCGCACUGACUUUUUUUAAACAUCCUUUUUGGACACACACUGGUAGUCUGUCUGCAACUCGUUUUGGAGCGCGCCUGUGUGUUGAACAGCCGAGCGCCAUGGAAGGAGGGUACAAGCAGGGAGAGGACCAGACAGCGUCCCCGUUUGUCACGACGGAACCGGAAAGUCAGGGGCAGACGCCGCAGAGGAAAAGCAAGCGUUGUAAGAUUAUCUGUGGGGUUGUCUUUGUCUGCUUACUCAUCCUUCUCCUUGCACUGAUAUUGGCGUACCAACGUCCCGUUGACGACAAUGGUGUGAACUGGCUCCAGAUGGACGUCCCUGUGGGAAGUGAGCAGCCACAGUGUCCACCAAGUUUCACCAGGCCGCCCCUCAUCCUGGUGUCCUUGGACGGUUUCCGGGCCAAGUAUUUAAAAGAUCACGGCGACCACCUGCCCGUCAUCAGCAAGUUACGAGCUUUGGGUACAACCACGUCACAUAUGAGGCCAGUGUAUCCGACAAAGACAUUCCCAAACCAUUACUCAAUUGUCACUGGCCUUUAUCCAGAGUCCCACGGGAUAGUUGACAACAAAAUGUUCGACGUAAACCAGAAUGCAUUCUUCAGCUUGAAAACUGAGGAGAAAUACAACUCUAAAUGGUACCAAGGAGAGCCAAUCUGGAUCACUGCCAUGAGGCACCAAUUGAAAGCAGGAACUUUCUUCUGGCCCGGUUCAGAUGUGGCCAUCAAUGGCAAGUUUCCAGAUUUCUACAAAAUCUAUAAUAGAAGCACCACUUUUGAGUCCAGAGUGUUGACGCUUUUUGAGUGGCUGGAUUUAGCACAAGGAGAACGACCUGACUUUUACACUUUGUACCUGGAGGAGCCUGACUCAUCCGGGCAUCGCUAUGGACCAGAAAGCAGCCAAGUCAUUGAGGCCCUGAAGAAUGUGGACCAAAUUAUGGGGAUGUUAAUGGACGGUUUGAUGCACAGGAACUUGCUUCACUGCGUCAACCUAAUCAUCGUAUCGGAUCACGGCAUGGAAGAAGCAACAUGUGAAAGAGCAGCAUUUGUGUCAACCUACCUGAACGACACAGACGACUUCACGGUCGUACAAGGCGCGGCCGCUCGUAUUAGACCCAUUCGGCUGCCAGUCGACUUCUUUUCCUUCGACUAUGAGGGCCUGGUGAAGAACCUGUCGUGCAGGACUCCCGCGCAGCCAAUGAGGGCGUACCUUAAAGAGAACCUCCCCAAACGCUUUCAUUUUGCCAACAAUGUGAGGAUAGAGAGAGGACACCUGUACAUGAAGGAAGGCUGGCAGACAGCGCUAGACCGCAAGGAAAUCAAGUACUGCUCGGGUGGUUUCCAUGGCUCCGAUAACCUUUUCACUAACAUGCAGGCAAUCUUCAUUGGUCACGGUCCAGGAUUUCAAAAUGGCACAGUUGUGGCUCCCUUUGAGAACAUUGAAUUGUAUAAUCUCAUGUGUGAUCUUCUCGGCAUCCCUCCCGCUCCGAACAACGGUACACAUGGAAGUCUGAAUCACCUCCUCUGGGAUCCCGUCCACUUUCCCGUUCACCCUGCGCAGCUCUCCCACGACACGCCCUGCGAGGCCGCUGACCCCGACCCACUUGUCAACUUUAACUGCUCAUGCAACCCACUCAAAGAAGGAACCGGCGGUGAAGACACAGAAAGCAUGCUUCCAAAUGCCAUCGUCAAAUCUAGAUUACGUCGCCUCCACCAUCCCUUCGGUGUGCCAAGUGUUGUCCAAGCGGAUGUGACUUUUUGUCUACUUCACCAGUCCAGCUACAUCACAGGCUACAGCCAAGACCGUCACAUGGCUCUCUGGGUGGCGUAUAACAUCCCAAAACUGGUCAGCGCGAUACCUCUGGACCCAAAUUUCGAGGCGUGUAUUUGCAAAGACGUCCGCAUACCAGCAGCCACCUGCCAGAUGUGCGCCAAUGACAACACCCAGGGCCUGCUCUACCCCCCCUACCUGAAUAACAAACAAGGAGCAGCAGACUCACUCAUCUCCAGCAACAUGGUACCAAUGUUCCCUGAAUUUAAAAAUAUUUGGGAGUACUUCCAUGGUGUCAUGCUUCCAAAGUAUUCAAAGCAGAUGAAUGGAGUCAAGGUCAUGAGUGGUCCAAUAUUUGAUGAAGAUUAUAAUGGAAAAGUUGACGCCUUCAAGAGCCUCGCGCCAAAUGAGGCCACAACGCCAUCGCAUUUUUUCGUGAUCCUGACCAGUUGUAAGAAUUCUACCUUUGAUUCUGGGAACUGCAAUGGUCCUCUCAGGGUCAAGUCCUUCAUCCUCCCACACAGAGCGGAAUACACCGACACCUGCUCCACCUCCUCAGAUUUAAGAUGGAUGGAGGAAUGGAUCCAGCUGCACGCGGCUCGCGUCCGUGAUGUGGAACUGCUGACUGGACUAAGUUUUUACCACGAUAGGUUGUCCGUUGAAGAGACGCUACAGCUCAAGACUUUUUUACACAGUGUUUGAACUCCAUUAACUGUAGAUCAGAUGAAGAAAAAAAAAAGCGCUCUGGCUUCACUUGGUGCUUCGUUCAUUUAAAAAAUCUGGGAUUAUGGCAUUUAAAAUGAUUGUUGUAAAUACUGAAUGCCAUACCCCGGUUGUAGAUCUUGUUCCUUGUGUCAUUGAAUUACUUUUAUUUUGCUUCUGGAAACCAGAACCAAAGACGGACUGAAACAAAUCCAAAUAAUUCUGCUGAAAUGUGCGUCCACAGUUCAGAAAAACACCUCCGCAAUGCAUCUCAAGAAAGAAAAUCACAGAAAGUCAAAGUCUGCUUUAUUGUUAAUAUCCUCACGUCGACAUACAAAGAGAUCGAAAGACAUAUGAGACCCAAUUGGUCCACAGACAAACAAAACAUUCAAGUAAACAAUACAAAAAUGAUUUCAGUACUGUAGAUAGUUCCAAAGGUGAACUUGAUAUUAGAUAAUAAAAAUUCAAGAUUCAA